AUAUGGUUCUGCUUCCCAAUGAGGAGGUCCAACAGGAUGGUGGGCGAGGCUUGGAGCUUGGGCUGCACUGGUGGCGGAGGUGAGGGGAACCGAGCUGAGGCGGUCGAGAGCCAUGGCGGCGGUGGUGACGGCGGCAGCGGUGCGGGCGCGGAUUCUGCAGGUUUCUUCCAAGGUGAACUCUGUCUGGUAUCCAGCAUCCUCCUUCUCUUCUUCAGUGCCAACUGUAAAACUCUUCAUUGAUGGGAAAUUUGUUGAAUCCAAAAGUGACAAAUGGAUUGACAUUCACAACCCAGCCACCAAUGAGGUUAUCAGUCGGGUCCCUGAGUCCACCAAGGCUGAAAUGGAUGCGGCCAUUGCCUCCUGCAAGCGUGCUUUUCCCGCAUGGGCAGACACAUCAGUGUUAAGCCGGCAGCAGGUCCUGCUCCGCUAUCAACAACUAAUUAAAGAAAACUUGAAAGAAAUUGCCAGGUUAAUCACAAUGGAACAAGGAAAGACUCUAGCUGAUGCUGAAGGAGAUGUCUUUCGAGGCCUUCAGGUGGUUGAACACGCCUGCAGUGUGACAUCUCUCCUGCUUGGGGAGACCAUGCCGUCCAUCACCAAAGACAUGGACCUUUAUUCCUACCGCCUGCCUCUGGGAGUGUGUGCAGGCAUCGCGCCAUUUAAUUUUCCUGCCAUGAUCCCCCUCUGGAUGUUUCCCAUGGCCAUGGUUUGUGGAAAUACUUUCCUAAUGAAACCAUCAGAACGAGUCCCUGGAGCAACUAUGCUGCUUGCUAAGUUGCUCCAGGAUUCUGGUGCCCCCGAUGGAACACUGAACAUCAUCCACGGAAAGCAUGACGCUGUCAAUUUUAUUUGUGAUCAUCCGGACAUCAAAGCAAUCAGCUUUGUGGGGUCCAACCAGGCAGGAGAGUACAUCUUCGAGAGAGGGUCAAGACAUGGCAAGAGGGUUCAAGCCAACAUGGGAGCCAAAAACCAUGGGGUAGUCAUGCCAGACGCCAAUAAGGAAAAUACACUGAACCAGCUGGUUGGGGCAGCGUUUGGGGCUGCAGGUCAGCGGUGCAUGGCUCUUUCAACAGCAAUCCUCGUAGGAGAAGCGAGCAAGUGGCUGCCAGAGCUGGUGGAGCGUGCCAAGAAACUGAGAGUCAAUGCAGGAGACCAGCCUGGAGCUGAUCUCGGCCCUCUGAUCACCCCCCAGGCCAAAGAGCGAGUCUGCAAUCUGAUUGGCAGUGGGCCGAAGGAGGGAGCUACCAUCCUCCUGGAUGGGCGAAAUAUUAAAGUCAAAGGCUAUGAAAAUGGUAACUUUGUUGGACCAACCAUCAUCUCAAAUGUCAAACCAAAUAUGACCUGUUACAAAGAGGAGAUUUUUGGCCCAGUUCUUGUGGUCCUGGAGACAGAAACAUUGGAUGAAGCUAUUAAGAUUAUAAAUGACAACCCAUAUGGAAAUGGAACCGCCAUCUUCACCACCAAUGGAGCCACUGCUCGGAAAUAUUCCCACCAGGUGGAUGUCGGACAGGUGGGGGUCAAUGUCCCCAUACCAGUGCCUUUGCCAAUGUUCUCAUUCACUGGCUCUCGAGCUUCCUUUAGAGGAGACACCAAUUUCUACGGCAAACAGGGCAUCCAGUUCUACACACAGCUAAAGACCAUCACUUCUCAAUGGAAAGAAGAGGAUGCUACUCUCUCCUCCCCUGCUGUAGUCAUGCCUACCAUGGGACGUUAGAAAUAAGUUUCUUCAAACCUACUGCAUCCUGCAUAACCUUCCUACAUUGUUGACCAACUUCAUUUGCCAGCUUUGUCCAGAUCAGAUCUCUCAGAUUGGAGUAUGUUUAACUGGAGUCUUUCUCAGGACUUGGCCCCUUCAGAGUUGCUGUAGGGAAACAUCUAAUAUAAUACUGACAUCAGAUUUUCACUACCUUUUCAUACUUCUGGUUUUGAAGUAACUGAUAUAACUAUGGAAUGCUCAUCUAGACAGAGAGCAUAGACUUGUUUUCUAAAAAUUUUUUCCUUUUCUGACAGCUUGAAAGAGGGCAAGGCCAAUGUAUUUACAGGAGAUCAUACAAUGGAAGAACCCUUGGGUGAGGAAAUAGCAUGGAAACACAGUUCUCUCUGGCUGAGCCUCAAACACACUGGCUGAGCCUCUAUCACUACUAGUAGGCGAGGCCCAUCUGCCAAAUUUUCCUGAGCCUGUCCCUCAUCCCACAGAACACAAGAUCUAAUCUGCUUCUACUUAUCCCAAUAGUGUGACAACUGCUUUACUUUUCUGCUCAAUGCCACUUUGUUGUCCUUGUGAUUUAUGACCACUGUUCAGUUCUAUCAGUGUCCCUAUUCUGAUUCUUAAAAUCACUUCUCAAGAAUACCUCAGUAUUCAGUGAAUAAAUCAGUUUUUUUAUUAUGUA